GCUGGGGUCAGUAACCCUGGCAAUGGGCGGGGAGGCGGAGAUCCCUCAACGCCUAGGCCAGCCCGCGGCUCUUCUCUGGUUGCUGCUGUUGAACGUGGCCACCCUGGAGCUGCGAGGGUCCCCAGCCACGGCCGCCCCCGGCCCGACUGCAGGCGAUGGGGGAGUGUUGAGGGGCGGCGCUCCCACUUGGCCAGCACAGCGGUUGGCUCCGGGAGCUACAGGUGGCAGCAGAGUCUCCACAGUAUGCGGGAAGCCCAAGGUGAUGGGGAGGAUCUAUGGUGGCCGGGACGUGGAGGCUGGCCAGUGGCCGUGGCAGGCCAGCUUGCGGUUCCAGGGCUCGCACAUCUGUGGAGCUGUCCUCAUUAACUCCAGCUGGCUUCUUUCCACUGCCCACUGCUUUCUCAAGAAAUCCAAAGCCCCGGAGAAUUAUCGGGUUCUGUUAGGAAGCACCCAGCUGUACCAGCACACCCCUCAGACCCGGGAGGUAACCGUGAGCCAGAUUAUCACACACCCAGACUUCGAGAAGUUACAUCCCUUUGGGAGUGACAUCGCCAUGUUGCAGCUGCUCUUUCCUGUGAACUUCACCUCCUACGUCAUCCCUGCCUGCCUCCCGGUCCCUGGCAUGAAGCUCCCCAGUAACUCAUCCUGCUGGAUAACUGGCUGGGGGAUGCUCAACGAGGAAACACCUCUGCUUGAACCCUUCCAUCUCCAGGAGGGUAAGGUGAGCUUCAUUGAGAACAAGUUCUGUAAUAUGUUAUACGGACUUGCGAAAGGCAAGAACUUCUCUGUGCAGGAGGACAUGCUGUGUGCUGGGGACUUCUCCACAGGAAAGUCCAUCUGCCUAGGCGAUUCCGGGGGCCCCCUCGUCUGUGACUUCACCAGUUCCUGGGUUCUGAUGGGGCUGGCCAGCUGGGGUUUUGACUGCCGACAUCCCAUCUACCCCAGCAUCUUCACCAACGUCACCUACUUCACCGACUGGAUCGAAGAGAUCCAGAGACUCACACCCAACCCUGAGCCCACGUCUGCUCUUACACCGCUCCCUGAGCCCACGUCCACUCCUCCACAGACCCAGUUUCCACACCAGUCUCUGCGGGCUGCCGCCUCGUCCGUGCUGGGCACAGCCUUUGUGCCUCCACAGACCUGGCCCCUGCUUCUGUUCCUGCUUGGUUUCCCGAGGCAAGCCACGUGGUGAUCCGCCAAGCCCCUCAGCUCCUGCUCUGUGCCUCAGGCUCCAGCCUCCUCACUGGAACCUUCCCCCCUCUACUCCCCCAGCCCCAUCAGCUCUCAGUGGUCCCUUCUUGGCUUUCCUGUCCACCAGCUGCAACCCCCACAAUCCAAGCUUGAAAAAACAAAUAAAAACAAAUGAAAGACUCA